AUGGGAUGUUUGACGUGUUAUAAUAAAGUUGAGGAAUUCAUUGGAACCAAAUUUGAAAGUUAUGCUGGAUUUGUUUGUAAGCAUCCAUGGAAAUUUAUUUUUGUUCCAUUGAUAAUAAAUGGCCUUUUAGGAAUAGGUUUGGUAAAUCUUAAAAGUGAUAAUGAUGUCGAGCGAAUCUAUACGCCGAUGAAUAGUCAGGCGUCAAAAGACAGAUCAACUCUUCGAAAAAUAUUUGGAGAUUUUUCUGCUAAAAAUUUCUAUACGCAAAGCCAGAUUGAAUCGGGAAUAUAUGGUGACAUUAUUUUUGAAGCAAAACAAGGAAAAAAUAUUUUAGGUAACCUAUACUUAUCAGAAAUGAAAGAAGUAUAUGGUAAGAUAUCAUCAUUACAGUUUACAGAUAGCGUUGGCUCGUUAUCUAAUUUGUCGAAAGUGUGUGCAAGAAGGGACAAUGCAUGCGUGGUUGACGGCCAUGUGAUAUUCAAUCCCUGGUUUCAGUCCAACCUUAAUGCUAAUACCAUUCCUUAUCCUGGAUCGGGGGCUACUUCCUUGCAAGGAAUUUUCGGUGAUGUUGUUGUUUCAAAUGGUAUUCUAACAAAUGCAUCGUUCGUAAAGCUGCGAUAUCAUCUCAAACAUGAAACCCAAACAAAUAAAGACGACAACAUUUUGUGGAUGGCUUCUUAUAUAAAAAAAAUAGAAAAAAUAACGACAAACCAUACCAACAUAUAUUAUGCACACUCUGAAUCGUUAGACGAGGAGCUCAAUGCAAAUAUUGGGGGAGACAUAGUAUUUUUUUCCUUAACGUUCACCCUGAUGAUUGUUUAUGCCACAACAGCUACAUCGAAUUAUAAGUGUGUUUCAGACAGACAGAACCUUGGUCGAGCAGGAGUUUUAGCGGCGGCAUUUGCUAUUCUUGGAUCUUUUGGACUUAUUGCUGCCUGUGGAUUAGAAUUUGUCAGCAUUGUUGGUACAAUGCCGUUUCUUAUUAUAGGUAUUGGUGUUGAUGACAUGUUUUUGCUGUUAUCUGGUCUUGCAGAAACAUAUGAUUGCAAAAAUGCCUUAGAACCAGAAGACCGUAUAAAGAAGACAUUGCGAUCCAGUGGUGUAGGAAUAACCAUAACCUCUCUGACAGACCUUAUAGCUUUUCUUGUUGGCGCAUCUUCGUCUUUCAUCAGCGUCAGAAAUUUUUGCGUAUACACAGGUAUUGCCGUCCUGUUUUGUUAUCUGAAUUAUGUUACGUUUUUUGUUGGUUGUAUGGUAAUCCACGAGAGACGUGUUUCUGGUAGCCGCCAUGCUUGUACAUGUCAAGUUAUAUCCCACAGCAAAAAGGAGGGAAGGAGUAAUUGUCUACAAGGACAACCACACAGUUGUAUGUGUACUGGAUCAAUACCAACAAAGAGAAGUGAAGUUGAAGGGCCAUUUGAAAAAUAUCCACCUAAAAUUAUAUCUCGCUUAGUACUUCAAAAGCCGAUUAAGGUAAUCAUUCUUGUGGGAUUUGCAGUUUAUUUGGGCAUUUCAAUUUGGGGUGCUACCAAGUUUGAACAAGGCCUUACGCUUAAUGAUUUGGUAACGGAGGACUCGUAUUACUACAGUUACAGUCAGUUGAAUGAAAAAUAUUUUUCCUCAAGCUUUGCAAUUUCUGUUAACAUUCCAAACACUUUGAAAUAUUCUGACGUUCAGACCUGGAAUAAGAUAUUGGCCCUUCAAACCUUGUUACAACAAGAUGAAAGAGUGGAAAAUAACUUACGUUUAAAUUGGCUUGAGGAAUUUAGAAAUUCAACUGUUUACGACGGUUCAUCGGAAAUAAAUUUUAUUUCGGCGUUACGUUCAAAUUUCUUACCUGUGAAUCCACAUUUUAAAAAUGAUAUAAAAUUUGAUACGUCAAAUGUAACGAUUGUUGCUUCCAGAUUUUACGUGUUCUCUUUUAACGUCGAAGAUUCUGCUGAUCAAGGAGAGUUAAUGAAAAGGGUGAGAAAGACAGCAUCUUCCUCUGUUAUACCAGAGGCAAUCGUAUAUUCUCCCGCUUUUAUCUUUUUUGAACAAUAUGUAGCUAUUUUACCAAAUACCCUUCAAACUCUCGGUAUUGCAACUGUCGUUAUCUUCAUAGUAACGGCUAUCUUUUUGCCUCAUCCGGUACUUGUUCUCUUUGUUACCCUGACAUUAGCAAUGAUCCUUGUAGGAUUGAUUGGUUUUAUGCAUUUUUGGGGCCUCACAUUAAGCUCAAUUACAAUGAUUCAUAUCAUUAUGAGCGUUGGUUUUUCUGUCGAUUUUAGUGCACAUGUUUGUCACGGCUUCAUGGAAUCGGCUAAAUCGAAUAGAGAUGAUGGUGCAAAAGGAGCGAUAGUAAGAGCUGGUGGGCCAAUUUUCAAUGGGGCAGUCUCUUCUAUUUUAGGUAUUAUAAUGCUGUCAUUCUCAAAAUCGUUCAUUUUUCGAUCUUUUUUUAAAGUUAUGUUACUGAUAGUUUUGUUUGGGGCAUCGCAUUCUCUAUUGUUUUUACCCGUUAUUCUUUCAUUGUGUGGCCCAAAAUUUAAAAAUAAUGGUAAUGAUGAAAAAAUAUCAUCACAAGCAGAAAAGAGAGACAAGAAUCAACCAAGAAGCAACAUGAAGACUUCUCACAAGAACGAAGCAUUUGGUAGCGAAUUGUCUAUGACAAAUACAAAUUCUGAGAACGGAGUAGAGUUAACCAAAAUACAGCCAAGGAAACUUCCUAUCCUCCCAUCAAUUUCAAACAAACAUUGA